UUUAUACACCUGCAUACAGUUGCUCAGCAUCAGCAGACAAGUCAUCUUGGGUCUUGGAGAAUCUAAAGAAGCAGCUUGUCAACCCUGGAGACACUGAGUUGAAUGCAAAUUGCCUUUAUCCAAAGUGUUUCCGAGGGGCAGCUUCAUGUGGAGAUGCGCUGGCUCUUGGUGCCACUCAUUGAUGGGCAGCUGGACAUCACUGUGUUCACACAGUGUUGCCCAAUGAGCUUCCUGCAGAAACUUGUCCAUCUAUGAGUGGUGGGAGAGCCUCAGCUGGUGCUGGCCUUUUGCUGUGCACACGGUGGUGGCAGCUUUUCCUUACCAGGAGCUUCUGGCCCAUGAGGUGCACCUGAGGAGGGGGAAUGGCGGUGCAAGGCCUUUUAGCUGUGUUUGGGGUCUGAGCUCGGGGUUCGUGUGCUGGGGGCAGCCCUGAGGAACACUCCUUGCCUGCCUGCCACUAGCAGUGACCAGGGACAGAGCUUUCGCGCGUCCUCCCCAGCUGCUGGCGGCAGGAACCUCGUUUAGGGCCGUGUACGGGAAGCUAAUUAAAACCAGUGACAAUGGUAAUUGGGCAGGGAUGCUUGAGCAUAAGUAUGACCUCAUGUCUAAAAUGGUAAUGAGGCCUAUUAAAAUCCCCACCGAAGAGGAGCAAAGGAGGCAGUGAAAGUGCACAGGGGCCGGGGUGCCAGGACUGGCACGCACCUGGCCUCAGCUCGGCACUGGGGGGCUGGAGGCUGCAAUGACACCCACUCCAUGUUGGUCUGCAGGGCACCCCGAGGGGCUGGGCAGGACGGUGCAGGAUGGCACUGUGUCACCCGGGCACCCUGCGCUGAAUCAGAGGCUGUUCUGGAUGAAGGCUGACGAUGUGCUAUGGAGCUGGCUUUCAACUGCUCUGACCUUUGCAAUGGCCAGCCUGGCUUCAGCGACAAGGAGCAGCAGCUGCGGAUGCUGCAGGAGCUCUGCACUGUCACUAUUACGUCAUCUGACCGCAGUGGGAAGAGCUCCCCAUCCUUCUCUGCUGCCCUCCUGGGAGUUGUGUGGACAUUUCUGACUGGAGGAGUCCUGCUUGCGCUCUUCUUCCUUGCCUUCACCAUCCGCUUCAGGAAAAACAGGAUCGUGAAGAUGUCCAGCCCCAAUCUGAACGUUGUGACCCUGCUGGGCAGUGGCUUGACUUACACUAGUGCUUACCUCUUCGGGAUUCAGGAGCAGAGCCUGUCAUCGGGGAAAUCAGUGGAAAUGCUCAUUCAGUUGCGACUCUGCCUGCUGUGUGUGGGAACCUCCCUGGUGUUUGGGCCCAUCCUGGGGAAGAGCUGGAGGCUCUACAAGGUGUUCACCCAGCGGGUGCCAGACAAGAGGGUGAUUAUCAAAGACCUCCAGCUGCUGGCAAUGGUGGCGGUGUUGGUGUUGGCAGAUGCUGUGCUGCUCUUCACGUGGGUUUUCUCCGACCCGGUCCAGUGCUUCCGGAGCCGCAGCAUCUCAUUGCGGGCCACAGAGAAAGGCAUGACCUGCUCAGUGAGCCGGAUGCAGUCCUGUGCAUCUCUUUAUUCCGAUCUUUGGCUCGUUCUCAUUUUAGGGUUUAAGAGCGUGCUGCUGCUGUAUGGGACGUACCUGGCCGGCCUGACUGACAGCGUCAGCUCUCCACCGGUCAACCAGUCCCUAACACUCAUCGUGGGGGUCAACCUCAUCUUCCUGGUAGCCGGCACUGUUGUCUUGAUUCACCGCUUCUUCCGCACUUGGCACAACUUGCUCUUCGGUUUCACCUCUGGAGGCAUCUUUGUGUGUACGACAACAAUCAACUGCUUCAUCUUUGUCCCCCAGCUCAGGCAGUGGAAGGCCUUUGAAGAAGAAAACCAGACUCUGAGCCACAUGGCAAAAUAUUUCAGCAGCCCGAGCAGGAGCUACCACUCAGUGUACAGUGAGGAGCAGCUCUACCAGCUGAUAGGGGAGAAGAACUCCAUGAAGCAGCUGCUGACAGAGAAAAACGCCAUGAUUGAGAGCCUGCAGGAGCAAGUGAACAACGCCAAGGAGAAGCUGAUGAGGCUGAUGUCAGCAGAGGGUGGCUGCAGCCCUGCAGUGCCAAAUCCCUGCACCCAGAGCACAGGGCAGCAUUGCGAGAAGUGCAGCAGCACUGGGGAUGUGCCCAGGGAGCACUGGCCCCUGGAUACAGAAAAAGAUGGGCAGCAAACUUCCUCUGUGCUGCAUGCACUGCCUCACAGUCCCGUGCCUCUUAGCAGCGAUGCUCAGGACCUCUGGAAACAUGUGAGCCAUGAGCACGAACUGAUGGAGGAGCCUGAGUGCUCACCAGCACUGCUUUUUGACAUGGGAAACAGCCUUGAAUGCAGCCCAGAACAUGCCCAGGAGUGUGGAAUGAUUGCUGGGAAGCAUCCUUUGGAGCAGGAUGCCUCAGCUGGUGUGGCUGGAGAGCAUCCCCCCAAGGUCAGCUAUGUAAGCAGUGAGAAGCUGCAGGAAGUCUUGCAGGAGCUCAGCCUGGACAGCAGAACCUGCAGCCCAGCCUUCCCUACACAUACAGGCGGGAUGUGUGGGGCACAGGGGGGGCACCCAGCCGUCCGCAGCUCCCUCAGCCCCUACCUGACCCGACGGCGGCGCCGUGUCCUGCUGCCUCCCACCUCCAUUGGCCUCCCUGCAUCCCCUCGUGCCUGGUGCACAGCAGACAGCAGGCCGGGCACCAGGAGCCAUGGGGAGCCAGCGGGCCAUGGGCCAGGUAGGGAAGGUGAGGGGGCUGGCAGGGGGCUCCCCCAGCCAUCGCUGUCCUCUCCUUCCAUCCCUGCCAAGGGCUGGCCAGGGCUGCGGGACUGGGCGGUGAGCGGCACAGAACUAGAGGGUUGCCGCAACAUUUCCCUACAGGACUGGCGGCAGUGGAGUAGCCUGGGGGUGCCGGCACAUCCCAUUCUGCACUCACUGUACCAUUACCCAGACUCGGACUCCAGCAGCAGCUCCGAGGAGGUAUUUCCCUGCUGCCACAGGCCAUGUUGCCAGCUCUGCCUGCAGAGUCCCCGAGGCUCUCUGGGCAGCAGCAGCAGCAGCAGCAGCACGGAGACAGAUAUGGAGCCUGGCGGAGCCGUGGGAUGCUGGCUGGAGCCCCAGGGCAAGACUCAGCCUGUUGUGAACUUCAAAGAAGAUCUGAAACCCACAUUUGUGUGACCACAAGCACCCAUGCCUCAAAGGCUAGUGCCUCCUUCCUCCCAAAACGCACCUUACUAGAGGAAAAACAGCGAUACAGAAGUGCAUCCCUCUGGAAUGGGGAUGGCAGGAGAGCUCACAGCCUGUGAGCCAGGCCUUGUGGCCCAGGGCAUGUUGGAGGCUCUCUGUUAAGGCUCAGUAGUAUCUGAAUUUAAGCGUGGAGUCCAAAGGUGACACUUCUGGAUGUGUCCCUGUGUUUUGUGUGGCUUGGUUGCAUGGUCAUAGGUUACAUUCAGGUCGGCGCUGAAGGGAAGGAGAAACAAACAGUCUUAAAAGAGGAUCUGAAAAGGUCCUUCCUUCCCCCCCAUACCUCCCCCUUGUUGGUUUUUUUUUUUUUUCUGGGGCUUGUGUGCCCUGAUGUAUGCCUUUGUGGUGGGUGAAGUAGUCUGGAAUGGUUUAGGUUUGUUUAAAUUAAUGCGGUUUGUUUAAUUUUCAUCUGAGAAAUACCAAGCCCAGUAAAUGUGGUGUUCCUACUUCUGCUGGGAUACGUGUGAAGGCAUUUCAGUGUGUGGCUGCCACCACAGGAGAAAGAAAGGGCACUGAGAGCUGGAGCCCAGCCCACAGGAUCUCGUGAAGGCAGGAAGCAGCUUGUGCUGAAGGGAUGGCACCAGGUGUGUCCCCAGCCCAGCUCUUAGUGUGUCUCUCUCAAUUACCCUUUUCUGAGGGUGAACCCCCUCACCGUCAUUGCCUUUUCUUCCCUGCUUUUCUCCAGAUUUGCUGAACAUUAUGGCUCUGGAACAAAUCACUGAACCCAGUAAUCACAGAAUCAUAGAAUAUCCCCAGUUGGAAGGGACCCACAGGGAUCAUCAAGUCCAACCCUUGUCUCCACACAGCACCACACAAAAUCCAAACCCUAUGUCUGAGAGCGAUGUCCAAACCCUCCUUGCACUGUGGCACUCAGUGCUAUGCCCACUGCCCUGGGCAGCCCAUUCCAUGCCCACCACCCUGUGUUAAUAUACUUGAGGGGAACACUAUUCCCCCAGCUCCACCUUGUUCCUGAAAUGGAAACACUCCAGAGUGUGAUCCCAGUCUCCAAGGCCCAUGUACUCUUGAGAUCCUGGUGGACCCUUCCCCAGCUGAGAGGGCAGCCAAUUGUGGAGACAGUGCUGAAGGGGCUGGGCUUGGCUCUAUUGGGUUUGUUGCCCUGGUGGGAUGCAGGGAGACGGAGGCUCUGCUUGCUACAGGAUCCCCUGAAGGGAGGGUGGGGUGUGGGGAAGGAGAGUGGUGUCAACAAGAUGGAGAGGGUGUAUGUGAGCAAUGCCUAGUGCUUUUGGUGGGUCCCAGCUCCAGCCUUCUCCCAUAUCCAGCAAAGAACACAUGCUGAAUUCAGGUAGGAAGAACUGAAGCUCUGCGUGAUGGACCAGGCUGCCUGCACAUGAGAGGAGAGAAUAGAGAAAGAUGAUAGGCUGCCUUUUAUUGCCCUUAAUUUUAUGGGGAUUGUCACAUUGGGCAUUGCGCACUGCAUGCCUUCCCGCUGCUUAUCUUUAGUAUUUGGUAUUUAGUAUUUUGUUCCCCCACAGCUCCUUGUACGCAGUCUUUACAGGAGCCUGACUCCUUGUUAGCAGAUUCAAAGCACCUUUGAAUUAGGAUUUUGCCCAGAAUCCAAGGUUUCUGAGCAACUGUAGGAAUAGGGGUGCACGCGCUGCCAUGGCAGAAAGGCAUGUGGCAGCUCACAUCCCUGAUGUGUAUUUUGUUGCCAGCAUCUACAGAAGAGAGCUCAUUGAGAGCCGUCUCACACGUCGGGGCCUGUAGCAUCAAUGUCCCACAGGAGCAGUGAUGCCCUCUGAAUGUUUCUAGCUUCCUGAGCUAUGUCUCCAAGACGUGAACCAUGUUUCUAUCUGCUGUCUCCAAACUAUACAAGGCCCAUAGGAGGAGAUAGCGAGACUGUCUCAGCCAGUAUGCUUGUGCCCUGCUAUGGACAGUGCAACAGGAAAUGUUCCACAGGUGACCCAUGAAGGACCUUUCCCCAGUCUGCAGAGAGAAAAAGAAGUGUAGGAAUUCUUGUGGCAAUUUGAGGAGCAACAGCUGAUGACCCUGCUUCUCUAGAUAGAGUGGGCUUCAGGUUUUGAGAAGGUGAGAGAGCACCAAC